CUGGUCUGACCUCAUGGUUGAUGCUGUGCUGAGCAGGACUACAGAAUUCCUGAGACCCCUUCUAACCUGAAUUAUUCUAGUAUUCUAAAUAACUGUAAUAAUUGAAAAUAAUUUUGAGAAUAUGUUUCUUCUUAUCCCCCAAGCAUUGCUCUUUGCUUUUCUAGACUGAGGGAUGCUUAGGCUUGUGUUGUUAUUCUGCACAGUCGGUGAUGUGACUUAGGCUUUUGAUUCAGUUCCUUAUCUUCACACUACUUUGUAUUCUGAUACAAAGUGUAUCUUGUAGAUGUUCCAUGACAUAGCACACUGGAAGCUCAAUAUCCUUUGGCUGCAUGAGAUAGCAUAACAGGAUAAACUGUGAUCUAGAUUUGUACUGGAUCCUCUGCUUGAAAGAAGUUUGUGGCAAUUUAGUAAUAUAAUAACCUGUUCGUGUAUAAUUAGGAACAGUGACUGUUGCAACAAAGUUGCUAUUAUGAAAAGCAAGGUGAACUUUGAUUUUUGAAUCUGACUGAUCUUAAGUUUGGUCCUAGGUUGGAGUUAAGUCUGUCUGUCUUCUUGGCCCAGCAAAAUAUUUUUAUUUGCAUAAGUAGUUAUGGGUGACAUGCUGAACAGAUAAUGUUUGGCAUGAGAUCUCAAACGUCAGAGAAGAUACAAAGAAAAUGGGGAGAAACAGGUGGCUGGGAUCCACCAUCUCUCCAGGUGCCAGCAGAGGUACUGGAUCCCCGUUGCAGGUCAGCAGCUGCACUGGCAGCAUGGUUGGGGCUUGGUUAUGUGGUGCUGGGUAAACCUGCUGAGACCGUGGCUCUCACAAAAGACACAUUUCCCUUUUCUUCUGCCUUCUGGCUGUGAGCUGCUUGCCUGGCUUGUCUAGUCACCAGACCUUUCUGUGAGGUGCUUUAAUUUGUUUAAAAUAGCAAAAAAAUAAUCCAUAUUAAAGGCAAGAAAACCAAUUAGAAAGCUUAUGGAGAAGUCCACUUGUUACUUCAGUGCUGGUGGAAGGGGAGCGAGCUGCCUGUACGUGUGAAACUGCUCUUGGUUUUGUGUGUUCUGAGGCAUUGCUUAGAGCUCUCCCUCCUGCCCAUUCCCUGUAUGAAGUAACUGUCAUGUUCUAAGGAGAGCUGAGCAGGCUGCUGGUAUUUUGCAGUCCUUCUUCAUAGUUCAGUUUUCUCUGAAGUUUAAUGAAAGUGUAGUUUGGUUGUAACUUCAGACACAACAUUUGUGAUUAAUUAGCACUAAUGUCACAUCUUCAGAUCUUAAACUGGUUAUCUCUAAUUACCAUAAAUUCUUUCACUAGUUCUUCCUCCCCUAUAUGAUGCCAUAUUUUCCAGUUUUAAGGUAGAUCCUAAACCUAUGUCAGUUGUCUUAGUAGAAUGUUCUGUGUGUGUGUUAUUUCUAGUCUGAAUUCCCUGCUGCUAAAUCUGCUGGACUCUUUAAACUCAUUGUCCCUUCAAUGUGGCUUGUAUUUACUGGGAAUUAAUGAAUUGUCUGUAGGUCCCACUUUUGAGUUGUUUCAGUAGAUUAAAAUUUUCUCUUAAUAUGCUUUGGGCACUUAGUUUUUGGAAGUAAAUGUAAAGACAUUAAAAUCUAACAACUAUCUGUACUCAUAGGGUAGCUAUCAUCCGUUACUGUUGCAGUAUUUGUGGAUCACACAGCCCUUCUGAAGAAAUUUCCUGAAGUUGCAUGGAUUGUCACUGGAAGUGCCUGUCAUUCAGAGACUCUACAGCAGUGGGUAAUUCACUGGUCCAUAAGCGGUCUCCGUUACGUCGAAGCCAUAAGACCUCAGCAUCUCUGACCAAGCUGUCGUUAUGUGAUGGACAGAAAGCCAAAAAGCCACUGUGUAAAUUUGAAGAGGGUCAGGAUGUCCUAGCUAGGUGGUCAGAUGGCUUGUUUUAUCUUGGAACUAUCAAAAAGAUAAACAAACUGAAACAGAACUGCUUCAUCAUAUUUGAAGACAGUUCCAAAUCCUGGGUUCUCUGGAAGGACAUACAAACAGGAGCCACUGAAAGUGGGGAAAUGGUCUGUACAAUAUGUCAGGAAGAAUAUUCAGAAGCACCGAAUGAAAUGGUUAUAUGUGAUAAAUGUGGGCAAGGUUAUCAUCAGCUAUGUCACACACCAAAUAUUGAUUCGAGCGUGAUCGAUUCAGAUGACAAAUGGCUUUGUCGACAGUGCGUUUUUGCAACAACAACAAAGAGGGGUGGUGCACUUAAGAAAGGACCAAAUGCCAAAGCACUGCAAGUCAUGAAACAAACAUUACCGUAUAACGCAACAGACCUUGAGUGGGAUGCAGGUCAUAAAACCAACGUCCAGCAGUGUUACUGCUAUUGUGGAGGACCUGGAGACUGGUAUCUGAAGAUGUUGCAGUGCUGCAAGUGUAAACAGUGGUUUCAUGAGGCUUGUGUGCAGUGCCUCCAAAAGCCUAUGCUUUUUGGUGACAGGUUUUAUACGUUCAUUUGCUCAGUUUGCAGUUCUGGACCAGAAUACCUCAAACGUUUACCCUUAAGAUGGGUAGAUAUAGCACAUUUAUGCCUUUACAACCUAAGUGUUAUUCAUAAGAAGAAAUACUUCGAUUCAGAGCUUGAACUCAUGGCAUACAUUAAUGAGAACUGGGAUAGAUUACAUCCUGGUGAGCUUGCAGAUACCCCAAAAUCUGAAAGAUAUGAGCAUGUAUUGGAGGCACUAAAUGAUUACAAGACCAUGUUUAUGUCUGGAAAAGAAAUAAAGAAAAAGAAGCAUCUGUUUGGCUUGAGAAUUCGUGUUCCUCCUGUGCCACCAAAUGCUGCUUUAAAGGCCGAGAAAGAACCAGAAGGAACUUCUCAUGAGUUCAAAAUUAAAGGCAGAAAAUCAUCUAAACCAAUCCCUGAUGCAAGGGAAUUAAGUAAUGGUAUAGAAAGAAAGGGGAAAAAAAAAUCAGUAGGUCGUCCACCUGGUCCCUAUACAAGAAAAAUGAUUCACAAAACUCCAGAGUCUUCUCCUCUGGAUAAUGAACCAGUUCCAGUGAUUGAGAACCCAGCCUUGGAAUUACCUUGCACUGUUGGGAAAUCUGAUGGAACUGCACAUUCAUCCAAUACCUCAGAUGUGGAAUCCACAGGUGCUGCCAGUAUGAAAGAAACUACCUCAUCUAACAUUUCCAGACAUUAUAGUAGUUUAUCUGACUCGAGAAAAAGGACUCGUACAGGAAGAACUUGGCCUGCUGCAAUACCACAUUUGAGAAGGAGAGGUCGCUUUCCACGAAAAGCACUCCAGACUCAAAAUUCAGAAAUUGUGAAAGAUGAUGAGAGCAAGGAAGAUUACCAGUAUGAUGAACUCAAUACGGAGAUCCUUAACAACCUGGCAGAUCAGGAGUUGCAGCUCAAUCAUCUAAAGAACUCGAUCACUAGUUAUUUUGGUGCAGCAGGUAGAAUAGCUUGCGGGGAAAAAUACCGCGUUUUGGCUCGUCGGGUGACGCUUGAUGGAAAGGUGCAGUAUCUUGUGGAGUGGGAAGGAGCAACUGCAUCCUGACUGUAGGACUGAACAUUAUGUUCACUGCACUGUCAUCUGUAAGUACAGUUCAUAAUGCAGAGCCACGAGAGAAGUGUGUCUUUUAAUGUGUUUCUAAAAACAAAACAAAACCAGUUUAGCCUUAACAUGUAACUGUUAUCAUUACAGCUCUUGUGAUAAAGACUUAUCUUUUUAAAAUCUGAUCUGAAACUUAAAUUUUUUAAUCUGAACAUUGUUAGAUUGGUUUAGGUUGGGAUAUUUUUGGGUUACAGUUGCUUGAAAAUGUGCAUGAUGUUUAAAAAAAAAAAGACAUUUUCUAGAGAACAUUCCAUGGAUGCAGUUAUUGUGAUUUAGAGAAAAUAUUAUGUAGAUAGCACAAAUCUUUGAAAAAUUUUGGUUUCUUUUCUUACCCAAAUGUUUGCAGAAAUGUAUUUCUAUUUCAAUACUUUCUAGAUUUCAUAAGUGCAGUGUAUAUAAUGCCUACUGAAGACUGUAAAAUACUGAAGUUUUCUUUCAAAGUGUAACAAAAAAAGAAAAAAAAAAAAAAAAAGAAAAAAUAUAUUGAGCCUGUAAAUUGCUCUGUGACCAGACUUCAUUGUCUUUUUAAUAUAUUCUUUGUGUGUGUGCGCGUGUGUGUAUAUACAUAUGUAUAUAUGCACACACAUACUUGUGCGUGUAUAUAUAUGUGUGAUUGUGACCUAUGCAAUACAAAUUAUGGGAUUGGGCAGCUUCUGAGAAUACAUCCCAUAAUUCUUUUUUCAGGAAUAGUUGCCAAUAUUUACACAGCAGCAUUUCUUCUCAGGCUUAUUGGGUGCUGUUGCUUUCUAUGUACUAAGGAAAAGCAUCAAACCAGUGCAGCGUGUUCUGGCAGUGGGUGCAGUCAUUGAUGUUCAUGUGCUCUAGGGAACAUACUCCAUUAUUUUCCAUGUGAAUUAUCUGUUAAAAAAUACAGGAUCUGAACAUUUUGAAAUUGACUCUACUAGAAAUAACGAUUUAAAAGUUAUUGUGGCACACUGAUUGUAAAUUUUGUGCCCAAUAAUAAACUAAGUUGACAGGAGUCACGUACAAGAUUCCUAUGUAUCUGUAGAAACAGUCAUAUUUUGAUAAAUGUAGUAUGAACAAAGUGUAUUAUUGCACAGGGUCAACAGUUUGUUGCCAUUUGAAGUAACGUUACUGAUUUUAUUGCAACAUUACCUCUUUUGUUUUUAUAAAAUGUACCAAGUUUUAAAUCGAUAAGUUUGUUUUACUUGUUAAAAAAAGUCGAAGUCUCUUGCCAGUAUUAGAUGUUUUUUCUUUGUCUGCUACUUUUUGAGGGGGUUUUAGCCAAAGAGUAAACAGAAUACUUUGGUGGUUAUUCACUGUACUGCAUAAGGUUAGUUUUCUUACAUGCUUACAGUUUCCCAGCGGAAUAAGAUUGUGACAUUCACGAAUGACAGAGUGGUUUAAAUUGUACUGCCUAGGUUAGUACUUAUUUAUUCCAUUACUUGAUUAUUUGACUUUUUCUGCUGAUCUGGAACAUCUUGAAAAGGUGACUUUUUUUUUCCUGUCACCUUAUAGCCAAAGGAUGCAGAGAAAGCUUUUUAUCCUGUGCUUGGUUUAUGGCUGGCUGAGUAAUAUUAGCUUUAUAAAAAUGCUAAUUAAAAACUGCCACUUCUGUUUACCUUCACUAAAAUGUGUGUUGUUUUUCUCACACCCUCAGCUAUUAAUUUAAUGUUGCCUUGCCUAUAGCUGCAAUAUUUUGAUAACACAGCAAAUUCAUGUUAAUUUUUGAAUGUUUAUAUCUUGGGAUAAUGCAAAAUGUAAAGCCUUUGUAACCUUACUCACACCAUCUGUAUCUGUCUUUAUUGUUUCACUUUAUCCAAGUCCUUUAAUUCUAACUGAACACCAGCAGUGUUUUUCAUAAAGUUUCAUUUAAAGAUAAAUAUUGGAAUGUACUUGGGGACUUUAGUGGGAAGGGGAGAAAAUAUUUGUUAAACUUAAGCUGUCCAUAGACUUAACUAUUGUGAAUGUCAUUGUUUCGUUUUAUUAUGGUGAUUGACUUGACUCUGAUGUUCAGUUUGUAUUUUUGGAAUUGCUUUUUUCUUAGAAUUAAAAGACCAACAUUAAAUGUGUGUAUUUUUUGAGAGAGGAAUGAGUUCUGAUUCUGUAUUCUUGUGAAGUACCUGUUUGGUGGCAUCUUUCUGUCCAUCGCUUCUCUCUCCAGCUUUCCUGCUGCUGCCCUGGAGACCCUUGCCCUGUGCAUAGACACUGACUGGUGUUCCAGCUGUGCUUGAGGGAUUCGUUGUUACAGGUGUCAUGUGCUGGAAAAUGCUGCAAUAGUGCUGCUGAAGAUACAGCUAGAGUAGUAAUUCAAGCACACCUACAAAUGCCUUUCUCUCAUUUGAUGUGAAUUUCAUUGUAUGUAGUAUUGGAGUCUCUAAAGGAAAAAUACAAAUGUUGCUGUAUGUAAGGAUUGCAUUUUGGUGUGACUCGAUCAUUGUAUGUAUGCAUGUGUGUAAAUAUAUGUAAUUCAACUUCAUUGUGGUCACUGCUUUAGAAGCAUUUCUAUGUGUAUCAGAUUUAAUAUUUUUCCAUAUAUAUUAUUUGUAUUACAGUGGUAUUUAGGUAGGUAAUUGUCUCUUGAGACCGUUCUAAAAAUCUAGGCAUCACAAGAACAAGACAGCAAAGAAAUAGUGGCUCAUUACUGAUCGGAAUUGUAAACUAAUUGUCACAGCAAACUUCUUGUCAAAUAAUUGUUCUCAACAAAAAGUUGAAAAGGAAUUUUGAAUAAAAGCUAUGCUUUUCUAUGCAUAA